UGCUUUGCCUUUACUGUUUCUCUCUCUCUUUCUCUCUACUUGGUUUCCUCCAUUACAAACCAAGCUUCCUUUCCAGCUAGUUAAGGUCCCGCUCUCAUCCUUAAGCACAGUACCCACCAACCGUUUUCCCCACCAUUGCUUUUUCUUCUUCAAAAUCAACCCAUUUUCACUCUCUCUCUGCAUUUUUUUUCCUCUUAAAAAUAGGAUUUUUGUCUAGCAUUACCAUAAAUUUUUCUUUUUUCUUUGUUAUCUUAUUAUUCUUAUAUUGUGUUCUCUGUGACCCACUUGAGGUCACAAUCCCUUAUAGUUAACUACAUAUCUGCAAGUUUGCAACUUCAUCCUUUUGCAGCAUCUGGGUGUUGCAGGGCUUGUGCUUUUGUUCUGUUAUUGCUGGACCUAUCUAUGCUCACUGAGUGUUUGGGGGUUCAGAAGGAAGACUCUUUGUUGCUUCUUUGGGUGCUUGAGGUAGAAGAUCAAGGUGGUUGAUUUGGAUCAACACAAAGGUGGGAAUGUCUUAAUCGUGCUAUCAAAAGAAUUUGGAGGGCUAAUUCAAUCUUGUAGAAUCCAAUUAUGUCAAAAAACAGUUCUCUGAAUGUGGAAUUAUCGAAGAAGACGUCGUUUCUGGGAUUGAGAUUAUGGGUUUUGAUUGGGAUAGGCGUUGGUGCUUUUAUAGUUCUGAUUCUUUGUAUAUUGUCUAUAUGGGUGAUGUUUCGGAGAAAGUCUAGGAGUUCUCUGGACAAGUACUCUUUAUCCCAAAUACCACAUGUGUCAAAGGAUAUAAAAGUUGACAAGGUUGGGGUGCAGACUCCUCAAGAUCAAGCAGAAAGUGUAUCUAUUCCUGUUCAUGACAAGGCAAGUGAGAACAAUUCAGAUAAGUUGUUAGUUCAUUUGCGCAUGAGCAAAUCCAGUGAUGCCGAUAAUAUCAGCCAGUGCAGCUCAAUGUAUCAUCAUGAGAGAGGAUUUAGUUCAAUGUCAGGGGAAGAAGGAAGCUCUGGUACUGUAAAGAAACAGUCUACAUUGGCAUUUGGAGGGAUGGUAACUGCCUCUCCUCUAAUUGGUUUGCCAGAAAUUUCUCAUCUUGGAUGGGGCCACUGGUUCACACUUAGAGAUCUGGAACUUGCAACUAAUCGCUUCUCUGCAGAGAAUGUGAUUGGUGAGGGUGGAUAUGGGGUUGUUUACUGUGGAAGAUUGAUCAAUGGAUCCGAGGUGGCAGUGAAGAAACUUCUUAAUAACUUUGGACAAGCAGAGAAAGAAUUCAGGGUUGAAGUAGAGGCUAUUGGUCAUGUUCGACACAAAAAUCUUGUGCGCUUACUUGGAUAUUGCAUAGAAGGAGUUCACAGGUUGCUUGUGUAUGAAUAUGUGAACAAUGGUAACUUAGAACAAUGGUUACAUGGGGCUAUGAGCCAACAAGAGACACUUACCUGGGAAGCUCGGAUGAAAGUUAUACUUGGCACAGCCAAAGCGCUUGCUUACCUACAUGAAGCAAUAGAACCAAAAGUGGUUCACCGGGAUAUAAAGUCUAGCAACAUAUUGAUUGAUAAUGAAUUCAAUGCAAAGGUUUCCGACUUUGGCUUGGCCAAACUUUUGGAUUCAGGAGAAAGUCACAUUACUACUAGGGUAAUGGGAACAUUUGGUUAUGUGGCACCAGAAUAUGCUAAUACAGGUUUGUUAAACGAGAGGAGUGACAUUUACAGCUUUGGUGUUCUCCUGCUAGAAGCGGUUACAGGAAGGGAUCCUGUAGACUAUUCACGUCCUGCUAAUGAGGUGAAUCUUGUUGAAUGGCUCAAGAUGAUGGUGGGGACAAGGAGGGCUGAGGAAGUUGUGGACUCGAGGCUUGAAGUGAAACCAUCAACACGUGCUUUAAAGCGUGCUCUUCUGGUUUCACUCAGGUGUGUUGACCCUGAUGCAGAAAAGAGGCCCAAAAUGAGUCAGGUUGUGAGGAUGCUUGAAGCUGAUGAAUAUGCAUUCCGAGAGGAUCGAAGGAAUAGAAAGAGUCGCACUGCUAGCAUGGAAAUUGAAUCUCUGAAGGAUGUUUCUGGUCCAUCUGAUGCUGAAAAAGUGAAGGGUGCUGAAGGCAAUGCUCCAGAAACAACUCAAGGGUAGGAUUGACAACCACACAUGACUUAACCUGCAUGCACAAUUUGGUUUUGUCCUGAUUUCAGUAACCAAAUACCAUAUAUGUUCAAGUUUGCCUUGAGAUUGUUUUUUCGCUGCAUCUGAAGAUAGAAUCAAAUCUGAGAAGAGGAUCAAGUCAGAGAUAGCUCAAUUGGAUAAUGAAGGAUUUUCUUGUUCAAGGAUAUGGUACACCAAAUUUGCAAGGAGGAUGGAGUCGGCGCAAGUGCAUUAUUUAAUGUUGUACAGAUGUUUGCUGAGCCAAUUCCUUCCUUACAUGAGUGCUAAUUUGUAGCCAUUUUUGUCUGCUUUGAGAGAGGAGAGGAUGAAAACUGGUAUUUGGUGAGUAACUGAUAUUUGGCUUCAUUGUCCUUGCCAUUUUGCUUUUAAGUUAAUCAUUAUGUACACCUUCCAGAAAGUAUUAUGUGAAGUGAUAAAGUCCCUUUCUUUUGUAGUUC